GCCUCCUGCAGGGCGCCGCUGCCUUGCCCGAAGGGGUAGGAUGUGCUGAGAGGAUGGGGCUUCUCCCUCCCGGGGCUCACAAUGGCCAGAGAAGAUUCCGUGAAGUGCCUGCGCUGCCUGCUGUACGCUCUCAAUCUGCUCUUUUGGUUAAUGUCCAUCAGCGUAUUGGCAGUUUCUGCUUGGAUGAGGGACUACCUAAAUAAUGUUCUGACCUUAACUGCAGAAACAAGGGUAGAGGAGGCAGUCGUUUUGACUUACUUUCCCGUGGUUCAUCCUGUCAUGAUUGCUGUUUGCUGUUUCCUUAUCAUUGUGGGGAUGUUAGGAUAUUGUGGAACGGUGAAAAGAAAUCUGUUGCUUCUUGCAUGGUACUUUGGAAGUUUACUUGUUAUUUUCUGUGUAGAACUGGCUUGUGGCGUUUGGACAUAUGAGCAGGAACUUAUGGUCCCAGUACAGUGGUCAGAUAUGGUCACUCUGAAAGCCAGAAUGACAAAUUAUGGCUUACCUAGAUACCGGUGGCUUACUCAUGCUUGGAAUUUUUUUCAGAGAGAGUUUAAGUGCUGUGGAGUGGUGUAUUUCACUGACUGGUUGGAAAUGACAGAGAUGGACUGGCCCCCAGAUUCCUGCUGCAUUAGGGAAUUCCCAGGAUGUUCCAAACAGGCCCACCAGGAAGAUCUCAGUGACCUUUAUCAAGAGGGUUGUGGGAAGAAAAUGUAUUCCUUUUUGAGAGGAACCAAACAACUUCAGGUGCUAAGGUUUCUGGGAAUCUCCAUUGGUGUGACACAAAUCCUGGCCAUGAUUCUUACAAUUACUCUGCUCUGGGCUCUGUAUUAUGAUAGAAGGGAGCCUGGGACAGACCAAAUGAUGUCUCUGAAGAAUGACGCCUCUCAGCACCUGUCAUGUCACUCAGUAGAACUGUUGAAACCAAGCCUAUCAAGGAUCUUUGAACACACAACCAUGGCAAACAGCUUUAAUACACACUUUGAGAUGGAAGAAUUAUAAAGAAUGUCAAGGAAGAAAGCCACAAACUUGUUUUAUUCAACUUGUGAAUUUUUCAGUACACACUUACCUGUUCCAAAAAUUGUAGAAAUAAAAAUAUCAGCAUAAAAGAAUGCCUAGGCAUAUAAUUUUCUACCCUUUAACAGUGAAGGAAAAGUUUCAUAUUAUAAGUCUCCACCAGGACAAUAAAUGAUGCCCUUUAUAAUGCUGAGGACAGAUGUAAUACCCACCUUAUAGUCAUGUAAGAUUUUUACUGAACACAGUUGUGUUUUGAGGUGGCAUGGUUUGAUCAGCAUUUCUGCACCCAUGUAAGUGAGCCACAUGUGGUGGGAUUGGAGCUACAGUAAAGGUUGAUACACUUCUACCAGCUAGUAUAUAAAAUACCAAUUAACUGCUAACAUAGGAAUUUAGACAAUACUAAUGGCUUUUAUUACUUGGUGACAUAUUCUUUUGAGGGUGAAUAGAUUAUACAUAAGAAAACUUUCAAGACUGGUGACUACCUAAUAUGAUUUUUGUUGGUUACUAAAAUAUUCAUGCCAUUAUGAGAGCAAACUAACACACAUUGUCUUAAACUAAUCAGGGAUCUAUGUGUAUAUAAGUCUGUGAUAAGUCUGUAUAAUUUAGUAGAUUUCUGUUCUUUUAUUGUAGUUAAGAAUAACAAUUGUGAAAAGGAUAAAUUGUCAUGUAUAGCACCAUUAUUUUUAGCCUUUUCUGUUAAUGGAGCUUUAAAAUUCUGUCUUGGGUUUAUUACAUACGUGACUGUUAAUUUAAAUACUUAACCACUAAUUUUAAAAAUUACCAGUGUGAUACACAUGAAUCAUUAUAAUUCAGAAUGUAGUCUGGUCUCUAGGAAGUAUUAACAAGAAAAUAUACACAUAACUUAGUUGACGCAGCAAAGAGUUGGAUGCUAUUUUUCUCCCAAACUAAGAAUCUUUUUGACACUGAACCCUUUUUAGAAGAGCUUAUUUUUGCUUUCUCCAAACAAGAAGUAACAGACUCCAAAUCAAUAUAAUUCUACAGAGAAUAGUGUUCUUUUUCUCCAGAAAAAUGCUUGUGAGAAUCAUUAAAAUAAGUGACAACUUAACUAGAGAUUAUCUUUGCUUUAUUUCACUGAUAAUAUACUAUGGUGAAUUACACAGAUUAUUAAAUUUUUUACGAGUAAAAUAUAUUUAUUUGAAAUGGGAAAAGUGCAUUUUACUGUAUUUUAUGUAUGAUGUUUAUUUCUUGCAAUGUGGAAAGAAAAUUAAAACAAGUGUCAAUAAAUAUUUUCUAGAGAGUAAUAA